GCUGCCCGAAUCAGUUUCCUACGCCUUUAAUCCAGUUUAAGGAGAAAUCAUCCCAUUUGCGGAACCAUCCUCCUCGACGCGGGACGGGCAGAGGAGGGGUACAUCUGCAUUUUAGUAGCCUAGCUAUUAUAGCCUAUUAUUUGAAGGGACAAACGUGUUACAAGAGCGAACGCUAUGGCAACAAAAAAAUCAUCAUGCACUGAUAUAACGAAAAGGAGCCAGAGUCCCGUCGUUUUAGAGGUUGAGAUGUUCCGUGAAUUUCAGGACUGGUGCCUCCGGACAUAUGGGGACUCGGGUAAAACAAAGACCGUCACCCGGCGAAAAUACAACAAAAUCAUGCAGACAUUGUUGCAAAACGAAGAGUCGGACAGCAUGUAUGUCGACAAUAGUCACAUCAAUGCUAAAUUCAAAUUCUGGGUGAAGUCGAAAGGGUUUCAGGUCGGGAGCAACAUCCUCGGGGAGCACAAGAAAGGAGCGUCAGGGAAGCCGGUCCUAUAUGUCCCGGUCAAGUCAACGUGUGCAGAUGCAGGCUCGGCCCAGGACAGCUUGUCCCUGAAGAGGGUGGCAGUGGUAGAGGACUUCUUCGACAUCAUCUAUGCCAUGCAUGUGGAGAUGGGUGCUGACCUUGGUAGAGCACCUAAACACGCUGGCCAGAAGAAGACCUACAAAGCGAUAGCGGAGACAUAUGCCUUCCUGCCCAGGGAGGCAGUGACACGCUUCCUAAUGAGCUGUGGAGAGUGUCAGAAAAGGAUGCACAUCAAUCCCAACACUGCAGAGUUUAAAGAAAAUGAUCGACCAGCAUCCCUGGUCCCGGACCUCAUUGACUACAACAUGCCCCUGACGGCCACCUACCUGAAACAGAUGAAACUACAGUGCAUGACUGCCAAUGAGCGGGAUGAAAGUUCGGUGAGCAGUGAGGACAUGGAUAUGGCUGAGCCCACGUGGGUCUCUGCUGAGCGUCCCCCUGUCCCUGAGCUCAGUCCCCCCAAUGGAGGGAUGGUACACAGCCCACAAGCCGCAUUGAAAGAGGAAGACGAUGACGACUCUGAGAGUGCCAACGGACUGCCAUCCCUGACCCCCCUCGAGGCAAUGGUUGUGGGCAGUGUCCCUUCAGAUGGUGUGGCUCCAUACAGGGAGGUGACUGAGAACGGGGUGAGUGCUCCCCUGGACUUUAGCACCACCACCUCCUCCUCUUCUUCCUCAGAGGACCAGCAACCAGUCAAUCUGACUGACAGACUGCUGCCUGUGGGGAGCCCUGUUGGGACGCCCUACUCAGCUGACGCGACGAGGAAGUCCCCUGGGAAACCAGACUACGGCAACAAGUCUCCUCAGCACCGCCCCGGAAGCUAUGACUCAUUGAAGACGGAACUGAGCAUGAGUGCUGAGGACCUGACCUCUGGGCGUGCUCAGAUCAUCGAUGAUGAUGAUGACGAUCAUGACGACCACGAUGACAGUGACAAGAUCACUGAUGCUGAGGGAAUGGACCCAGAGAGGCUGAAAGCAUUUAAUAUGUUUGUUCGCCUGUUUGUGGAUGAGAACCUGGACCGCAUGGUGCCCAUCUCCAAGCAGCCCAAGGAGAAGAUCCAGGCCAUCAUCGAGUCAUGCAGCCGACAGUUCCCUGAGUUCCAGGAGCGCUCCCGCAAGCGCAUCCGCACCUACCUCAAGUCCUGCCGCCGUAUGAAGAAGGUUGGUUUUGAGACACGGCCCACACCCCCACACCUCACCUCUGCCAUGGCAGAGAACAUUCUCGCUGCUGCUUGUGAAAGUGAGACACGCAACGCUGCCAAGAGGAUGCGACUAGAUGUCUAUCAAGGCCCUGAGGAACCUGCUACUGCUGAUAAGAAUGGCUCCAGGGACCCGGCCUCAGUUGCCUCCUCAGGCUUCUCCCUGGCUGCCUCAGCCUACUCCCAGUCCCAGGACCCAGUAUACACCAACGGCACCAACAGGGGCCUCAACUACAGCUUCCGCAGUUACGGAGCAAUGAGCAACAACCUGCCAACCACCGGUGCCACCACCACACAGACCAAUGGUCCCACUGAUCUCAGUAUGAAGUCUGUGGCUCCUACAUCCUCUUCCUCCAGUUCUAACAGUCACAGUGGUCAGGGUGGAGGUGGGGGAGGUGCCUCGGCUCAGCUCAGCCCCCCUGAGGUCACAGCGGUGAGGCAGCUCAUCGCCGGGUACCGAGAGUCUGCCGCCUUCCUGCUCCGAUCUGCAGACGAGCUGGAGAACCUGAUCCUGCAGCAGAACUGAACCAUAAACAGGCCAGACCGGGCGAACUAUGCCGUGCCAAGACCCGUCUCCCCAGACUGUCUGUCUGUACUAUCACCCUCAGUCAAACACAUUCAGACAGACAGACACUUAAUUAAGAGUUUAACUGAGUAAAGUGUCAAAGUAAAGACUAGGAGUAAAACUGCAUCGCACAAUUGGGCCAUACAGAUAAUAGAUACUGUAUAUGGUCACAGGAAUGCAAAGAAUUUACACAAAUAUAAAAUCCAUACAUUCAAACUAAUCUUAGUGCCCAGUUAGCUUUUUACAUUCCCAUAACAAACCUACUCCUCACCCACUUCAUUCAUACCCCAGAAACACUGCAAAGUCACCUCCUUCCAUGGAUUUUCUUUCUAAACUGAGGAGGUAUUUGUCAAACAUGAAUUAUUGCUUCAUAUUUGGCAUUAUGACACUGCUCUGUUAACCUCAACAGUAGUUUUUAAAGUUUGAAGGUUUAGGUAUGUAAAGUGUGAUCAUAGAAAAGGGGGAUGUUAAACCUGGAGGGUAAAGUACUGUAAUGUGUCCAAACCUACAGGCUUUGGAUUGUAGGCAAAAGGUUAAUGCUUCUGGCAAAAGUGUGUAACAGGGUGCAAUAUGGAAGAUAAUCAGUAAAUGCAAGCCAAUUUCCACAUACUCAGUCUUUUUGUGGGACUUUGUGCAAAGGGAGGUCUUCUUAGUGUACCUCUACCUCCUCCUCAUGCUUUUAGUCUCAGCAUGAUGAGCUAGUAAAACAUUCCCCCAGAGAUA